AUGAGGCUGCCAACCUGCAUUAAGGUUGUAUUCGCGGCGUGCGCUGGCAUUCUGAGCCGCGCAGCGCUCGCCCAUGCGCAGGGAUCGGAGCAUCUUACGGCCAGGGAGGCGUUGAAGAGAGUAGACACCGCGGACAACGGCGGUAAAGCGAGCACUGAGGUCGUCUUCGAGGUCGCCAUCUCGCCCAGGGAUGACAAGUCACAGCCGCUGCCGUUCUGCGCCACGUUGGUCACCACGCUGUGGUUCACUGACAAUGAGAUCAACCAAGCGUCGAAUGCCGCUGCGCUUUUCGACAUCCUGAGGGCCAAAUUCGCCGCCAGGGCGCGGUCAGCGGAGCUUGAGCAGCGGUUCGGGUUGCUGAAGCGCCUGUCUGCUGUGGCGUACCUCACGUCGAUGGGAAAACUGCAGAUCGUUGAGAACAACGUGCAGAACGAGACCAGGAACGUGCGCUUCGCGACGGAGCUGGUGUCGCCCUUGGCCGACAAGUCUGCGUGGGAGAAGCUCACCUCGUACACAACUGAGCUUUCGAUGUCCGUCGCCGACGGCGAGUGCCCGGUUACCUCUGAGGGCGAGUACGCGGAUAUUUUGAACGACCAGGAUCCGACCGAGUUCCGAUGGAUUGCCUUCGGCACUGGAGCACCCGGCGCGACGCCACAGGCGCAGCAGGUAAAACAGGAACCCGAACGAUCUGACUCCCAACAGGGCGACGCCGAGCCAGCUGGAAACAGCAGCAUGAGCGACGGCAUGCGAAUUAGAACUGACGAUGAAGCCAUUGCAGCCUCUAGGAAACGGUACGGCAUAAUCAAGGAGGAUUACGUGAAGCUGAGCCCUGAGGAGGAAACGAGGUACAUGGACCUCUUCGAGGGCUCCGACAGGCAGGAUCACGGUGCCGAGAGCAUGACGGCCAUCAAGGUCACCAUCAAGACCAAGGUGCUGCCGAUCAGCGUGGUGCUCACCAGCCACUACUACGUCAUGCACUCGACGGUGCUGCUGACGGCGCGGGAGUUCAAGCCCUGCGAGGACAAGGAAUACGUUAAAUGCCUAAAGACUGUGAGGGACAAGCUCUUCGAUAGGUACGAGAACGAGGCGUCCAGGAAGUUCGCCAGGGGACGUUUCAUUUCCCUGCUGCAGUCGCUGCUGCUGCAGUACGACCUGUACGUGAUGCCAAUGCAGCCGGACGCCAGGGGCGUGCCCGAGCUCGUCGUGUUCGUAACGGUGUACACCACCACGUUCGCCAACUUGAGUGCGUGGGAGCGGCUGUUUGGCGAGGCUCACUCGUCGGACGGCAAGGUCGACCUCGACCUGCAAAUCUCGCCUGCGGCUGUCGUUAAACCCGAUGAUGCGUUGUGGAUAAACCUCCAGAAGGGCUACCCGGCGCCCAAAUACGAAAAGCUGUUCAUGGAGGAAAACCCGCAGCUCAAGCUGGGCGGUCAGCAUGUCAGGUCGAAGCAAGAUAUCAUGGAGGAGGACAUCAAGCGGCAGAUGGCCGAGCUGAAGAAAAAACGAGAGGACCUGCUGUACAAGUUCGCCGGAAAUGAGGAGGAUGAAGCAAGCAACGAAACCAUAGAGCCCAAGAAGGAGCCGGUGCACCAUGAAGAUGCUCAGCCUGCAGAGGGCGCCGCCAAGACCGAGUCUGAAAAUCCUGCGACGGCCCCGACCACGGAGGGACCGUACGGUGCAGCAGGCCAGGGGGGCGCCGGAUCCACGUAUGGUCAGUACGGUGCAGCAGUCCAGGGGGGCGCCGGAUCCACGUAUGGUCAGUACGGUGCAGUAAACCGUGGAGCUGCUCCAUACGCGCAGGAUGAGAACCAGGCGGGACCAGCUCAUGAGAGCGUAGUACCCACCGAAGGUGAGCACAAAUUGGAUGCUGAACGCAAGUUGGAAGGUGAAAACCAUGAUGCCGCUCACUCCACCUAUGGUCAAUACGGUACACAAGGCAACGAGGGCGUAGUACCCACCGAAGGCGAACACAAGUUGGAUGCUGAACACAAGUUGGAAGGUGAAAACCAUGAUGCCGCUCACUCCACCUAUGGUCAAUACGGUACACAAGGCCACGAGAGUGCAGCACCUACUGAGGGCGAACACAAAUUGGAUGCUGAACACAAGUUGGAAGGUGAAAACCAUGAUGCCACUCACGCUCCCUAUGGUCAAUACGGUUCAACACAUCAUGGCAGCGAAACUUCUGCGCCGACUCAGAGUGUUGAGGACGAAAUCAAGCCGGAGAAUGCUGAACAAACGUAUUCCGCAGCUAGCGGCGAGCAUAAGCCCGAGGAGUUGCAUGGUGAGGGCGCCGCGGCAACUGCAGGCUCCGAUGCCCAGGUCACUGGCUACGGCAACCCGGAGAACGCAAACAUGGGUCCGGGAAGCAACGCAUUUAACGAUUUCACGCACCGUUAUACGGUGGAUGAAGGCGAAAAUGGCGGCCAGAACCAGGUGGUGCACAACAUCCAGUACACUGAAAGCACGCCUCUCAAGCCAUCCGCGCCUCCCAAGCCUGAAACCAAGGAGGACAUGCGCAAGGUCGUCUCCGCUUACGAGAGCGCGCUCAUGCACGUCCCCAAGGAGAUCCACGGCUACCAGCUGGCGUACAAGGACAUCGAGAACUACCCCGAGCUGCAGAAGACGUGGAAAACCGGGCUGACUACCAUGGGCCUCAUGAAGGAGGAGGACGAACUGGCCCCGUUCCUCGAGAAGCACAACUUCACCUACGACCAGCUGAAGGACCUGUUCAACUUCACCUACGGUGUCAUCGCCGUCAACAUGUACGAGGAGGCGAGGGACUUCUACGAAAGCGCCAGAAUCCCGAAGGAGUCCGUUGAGACCAGCUUGAUGAUGGUGCAGAACUCGUUCCGCGCCAACACCGGCACCAACAUCACCAGGCUCCCGCCCGUGGUGAAGAAGAUGGCGCACGCCUGCCCAGUGAGGGACAUGAUCAUUUCGCUGUCGACGGACGACCUGAUCGACCGCAUGCAGCUCAUGCUGGGUUCGUGGUUGGAGCCGUUCGAGACGGAGCCCGACCUGGAGAACAACUUCAACCUCGCGGCGCUGUGCUCGACGGCUGCGGUCGUCAUCCAGCAGUGGCGCUACCUGCAGGUGUACCAGGGCUACAACGAGGAGGGCUCCGCGUGGGCGGUGCUGCUGCAGUCGUUCUCGAGGAUGGGCCAGAGCAAGAACGAGCAGCCGGAGGUCAGGAGCCACUACAAGGAGCUGGUCAACGGCGCGGCUGCCAAGCUGUGCAGGCAGUACAUCAACGAGGCUGGCUCGGUCGCCAGCACCCCGCACAAGGGCAUCACGAGGAACUACGAGGCGAGGUCGCUCGUGGGCGCCGUCGGCAACAUCCUGGACCAGAACAUGGAGGCGAGCGUUGAGGAGGUAGUGACUUCCCUGAGCAAGUACUUCACCGCCGCGAGCCAGAGGAAGCGCCUCGGGGAGGCGCUGGGCGUCUGCAUCUCACUGCAGGUGGUAAACAAGAUGCACCAAUGCCUGUCCGUCGAGCACUCCAACGACUACUCGCUGUACAAGCUCGACCUGAUCACCCACGACGCGGGGCCCAUCCUGGAUCGCCUGGCCACCGCGAACAUCCUGCCCGAAGGUCAGCAGAAGAACAAUCUGGCGUUCGUGCACAUGGCCUGCGACCCCAGGAACUCGGCUGUCCAGGAGGUCGUCGACAAGAUGUUCAAGCUCCUCUCGAACGACGGCCACCCGAUCAUCAUCGAAACGCUCGACAACAGGAACUACAAGCACCCGAAGGUCAAGGAGACUGGGGAGCUCGUGGAAGAAGAGGGCACCCCGGGCCUGUUGGAUGACGACUACGUGGAGCUGGAGGACGCGGAGACGCUGUCGAAGGGCGAGGAAGGCACCGAGGCUGCGAAAGUGGAAGACAAGAAGCAGCCGACCUCGUUCCUGGAGCUGCAGCCGCGCCACCUCGUGGCGCCAGCGAGCGAGGAGGAGCAGCGGAAAAUAGAUAUUAUCAACAUGCUGCGCCCGCAGGAGCUCGCCGGCACCCACGGCUGCCGGGGCCACGGUGCGGCACCCGGCGCAAUGACGGUGCUCGACAAGAUCAUGCACAGCAACGCGCCGUACGGCGUCGUCGACCCGGCCGACCUGAGGACCAUCAUGUUCGACUUCAGGAUGAUCCCCAUCGUCGACGAGGACGACCUGAAGUCGAUGCUGGUGCCCCUGGUUUUCCAGAAGCGCGAGGCGGACUACCUGAAGCUGCUCAAAGCCCACGAGUACCCGAUGGUGCUCGCCCGCAAGGUCGAGGAGCGGAUGCGUAACGUGAGGCAGCACCUCCCGACGGAAGACCUGCUGCACCACGCGCGGGCCAUCGGCAGCCUCGAGGGCAAGGACGAGGUCACCAUCUCGCUGGACAAGCACACCGUCCGCAGGAACAGGGAGCUGAACGACUUCAAGCAGCUGCUGAAGGUGCUGCGCGAGCUGCCGCACGACGGGUUCUACUUCGAGCAGGCGGACGGCAAGGAGCUGCCCCUGCACUCCAUCGGCGAGAUCACCGCGCAGUCCCUGGAGCACCGCAGGGAGAAGCCGCACGUCAUCAUCAUGCAGAUCAUCGACCCGGUGCACAUCGCAGACAACGACGAAUUGUACACGCACCACUGA